CUCAAGUCGAGCAGACAGCUGCGUUCACCCGAGCCCGCUCACUUCACAGCCUCCCCCCUUCCCCCCCCAGCUGCUCCCACACUCCCCACCAAACAGUGCGCACUGAUCCGGGAAGAGCAGCGGGAACAGCUCCUCUCUCCGCCACUUCACCGCGGUGCGUCCCAGACGCGCUCUCGCCACUUCAGGAUGGACUCGUCUCCCUCUCGUCACCUUUCCCACUGAGCGUGACGCCGCUGUAGUUUGGUGGAGUUGUUGGGAGAAGGAGCCGGGACUGAUCGCCCCGUCCGCUGUUUCGUCUUUUUUUUUUUCAUUUUUUUUUCCCCCCCGCUGGGGUUUUUGUUUUGAUCUGCCACUGUGCACUCAUCUCCGGGCUCCGAAAUGGGAAUGUACAUGCAGCUGCUGCUUUUGCAGUACUAUUUCGUCUCGAGUUUUGUGUGCAAUGCCGUCGCUUUCGUGGAGGAGCCCUCCGGGGGCAGGUCGGACGGGUACUGCGGGCGGAUCCUCCGGGCGCAGACGCAGGGGACCCGGAGGGAUGGCCACCAUGAGUUCAGGCUCAGAGUGGAGGGGGACCCGGAGAGCUACCAGCCUGGCAGCACCUACAGAGUGAUCCUCCUGGCAACCAGCCCUGCUUAUUUCAGAGGUUUUACCCUCAUCGCGCUGAAGGAGGGCAGGGAGGGCACCACGGACGACGACUACACCGGCCAGUUCCAGAUCAUCGACGAGGAUGACACACAGUUCAUGACCAACUGUGCCCCUGCAGUGACGGAGAGCACACCUCGCAGACGCACCAGGAUACAGGUCUACUGGACUGCCCCGCCUACCGGGGCUGGCUGUGUUAUACUGAAGGCCAGCAUCGUCCAGAAGAGGAUCAUUUAUUUCCAGGAUGAAGGCUCCCUCACCAUUCGACUGUGCGAGAAAGAGCGGGUGCCCGGUGAAGCCACGGAGGCCCCUGCCAUGGAGUGCUGCGCCUGCGGAACAGCCAAGUACAGACUCACCUUCUACGGCAACUGGUCAGAGAAGCUCCAUCCCAAGGACUACCCACGACGAGCCAACCACUGGUCGGCUCUGAUUGGUGCGUCUCACUCCAGAGGAUACGUGCUGUGGGAGUACGGAGGCUACGCCAGCGAGGGCGUCCGUCAGGUUGCUGAGUUUGGCUCCCCCAUCAAGAUGGAAGAGGAGAUUCGACAGAAGGGAGACGAGGUACUGACUGUCAUUAAAACUAAGGCUCAGUGGCCGGCAUGGCAGCCGCUCAACCUGCGAGCAGCUCCAUCAGCAGAGUUUUCUGUGGACCGGACCCGUCACUUGAUGUCCUUCCUCACCAUGCUCGGGCCCAGCCCAGACUGGAACGUGGGGCUGUCAGGAGAGGACCUCUGCACCAAGGAAUGUGGCUGGGUCCAGAGGCUGGUGACCGACCUCAUCCCCUGGGAUGCUGGCACUGACAAUGGUGUCACAUAUGAGUCACCAAACAAGCCCACCAUCCCUCAGGAGAAGAUCCGACCCUUGACCAGUUUGGACCACCCCCAGAGCCCGUUCUACGACCCCGAGGGAGGGGCAAUUAUGCCUGUAGCCAGGCUGGUGGUGGAGCGCAUCGCUAGAAAGGGUGAGCAGUGUAAUGUGGUCCCAGACACCAUAGAUGACAUCGUCGCUGAUAUUGGACAGGAGGAGAAGAAUGAAGACGACACACCGGAGACUUGUAUCUACUCCGGCUGGUCUCCCUGGUCGGCAUGCAGCAGCGCCACCUGUGAGAAGGGCCGCCGGAUGAGGCAGAGGAUGCUGAAGGCCCAGCUGGACCUCAGCGUGCCGUGUCCACACACUCAAGACUUCCAGCCCUGCAUGGGGCCGGGAUGCAGCAUUGAGGAGCCGUCGACGUGUAUGAUGUCGGAGUGGAUCAGCUGGUCGGCCUGCAGUGUGUCCUGUGGGAUGGGCAUGAGGUCCAGAGAGCGAUACGUCAAACAGUAUCCCGAGGACGGCUCGCUCUGCCAGCUCAACACGGAGGAGACGGAGAAGUGUGUGGUCAACGACGAAUGCUCACCCAGCAGCUGCGUGGUGACUGAGUGGGGCGAGUGGGACCCUUGCAGCGCCACCUGUGGGCUGGGAAUGAGGAGACGCGAGCGCAUGGUGAAGAUGCCGCCUAUAGACGGGUCCAUGUGCAAGACUGAGGUGGCUGAGGUGGAGAAAUGCAUGAUGCCGGAAUGCCAUACCAUCCCGUGCAUGAUGUCGCCCUGGUCCGACUGGAGCGAGUGCAGCGUGACGUGUGGGCGGGGCGUACGAACGCGUCAGAGGAUGCUGAAGUCCGAUCCCGCGGAGUGCACCGAGGAGCUGGAGCAGACGGAGAAGUGCAUGCUGCCCGAGUGCCCCGUUGACUGCAUGGUGUCUGAGUGGUCCGAGUGGUCGGAGUGCAACAAGUCCUGCGGUAAAGGACACACCAUUCGGACCCGUAUGGUCAAACUGGAGCCGCAGUUCGGCGGCAGCGCUUGUCCCGAGACCAUCCAGAGGAAGAAAUGCAAGAUCAGGAAGUGCCGGACGAAAACAAAGGAGGAGAGAGGAGGAGGAGGAGGAGGAGGAGGAGGCGGAGGAGGAGGAAAGAGACGGAGACGGGGUAAACAGGGAAGAGAUUCAGCAGUGGAGGAGCAGCCGGCAGCAGGUUGCAGGAUGCAGCCGUGGACCAGCUGGACAGACUGUACCAAGCCAUGCGGAGGGGGGAUCCAGGAGCGGUUCAUGACGGUGAAGAAAAGAGCCAAAGGCACUCAGAUGGCCAGCUGUAAGGACCGGAAGGAGAUCCGUGCCUGUAACGUUCAUGCCUGCUAGGGGGCACUACUGAGCUACAGAGGAGCAACAGGAUGAAAAUAUGGUUUUAUUUGAUAAAGAUGAUGCUGGGGAUUAACUUUUAGUGUACAGGGAGGUGAAGAUGAUGGGUUAGUUUGACACUUUGGAAAAAAAGGAGAUGAGUUUGUGUAAGUAGAGGGGAAGAAAGGAGGAAAUAAGGAGAAGAAGAUAAUGUGCUGUUUAGUGAAGCCAUUGUAGGCAUGUAGUUAACCGGCCUGACUUUUACUUUAGACCACAAUGGAAGUAUUAGAGAGUAACGUCUGUGUCCUGCAAAAAUAUCCGCUUUUCAGGAAUCUUUAGAAAAAUAAACAGUCGAAACAUGCAGUACUUGUCUGUUUAUUCAGUAACUUUGGCCCCUGGGGUCUGAAAUAGGGUUGGAAUUAGGGUCUUUGUAUUUCCCGCAAAUUCUCGUAAAUCUGACACCAGAGCCAAAGCCACAGUCCAGCCUUCACAUUGCAUUGCUACUGUUAUAUGAUUCACUUUAACAUCUAGAUAUAAGAAUAAGUGUAAACAUGGCAAAGUAUACCCAUAUACAGACACAGGAUGAUUAAAAAAAGUGUGGGACGCUGUGUUUAACCUAAAUAAAAGCAGAAAGCAGUCAUCAUUAAGUGUUCCUGGGCCUGUGCAGUAAUCUCCUUUAUACAGUCAUAUGUUUCACAAGGUGGUCCUCGCCCCAUCCCUACUUGUAAUCGACUGAGCCUUUCCAUACCCAAUCAUGACACCAUCGCCUGGUACCAGUGAGCCUGUUCACAUGUGGAAGGAUCCAAAUGGGUGUUUUGUGGAGCGUUGCACAACUUUCCCAGUCUUUUUGUUGCUUGUUUGAAACGUGUUGCUGCCAUCGCAGCAAGCACACAUUUUACAAAGAGCAGUGAAGUUAAUGAGGUCAAACAUGAAAUGCAUUGAAUUUGUAUUGUUUCCAGUUGAGUAAAUUUCAAAAACCAAGAAGAAAUGAUCCCAUUCUGUUUCAUUUGUGUUUUACACAGUGUCUACCUUUUUUGGGAAUUCAAGUUAAAUCUGCCUAAAAUAGCCACAGAUAUCUUUUAGGACAAGGCUGCAGGCAAUGUUAUAAUCUGCUGUAUUUACAGGUUAAAAAAGUCUUUUGUGCCCUUAAGGCAGGAAGCAUAAUUACAUCCAUAAAAAGGUACCGAGCUUGGGGAAAAAAAAUAUUGUCUUAAGGAAAACUAAUAAGCUUCAUACAGAGUGAUUACAGCUAAAACAUUAGUAGUCUGCUGAGAGGAUACACAGAACUUCAAAUAUGAAGCAAACACUAACAAAGUCUCCAUGGUGCAUUUUUUCCAAAGUUAAAGCUAGUUUGCCUCAGAGGAUGUCGCUGUUUCACCAUCACGUAAACUAAAGCAUAACAUCCGAAAAUCUGAAUUGAAGUAAAUAACUCCCAAAAGGUAGUACAGACAAAAGAGUUUUUGGACCAAUUAUGGACUAUUUUAAGUUGAAAACUGUCACUUAUUGAUGAGAAAAGAAUCAAACAGCCCAAACUGAAGAUGUAGGAUUUUUUUUUGCAAGACACGGACGCUCGUACAGCAAGUCUCUAAAGACGUAUGGAUGUACUGUAUAUCUACUAUCUAACCAACGCUUAUAAAUGACACGACUAUGUAAGUACUAAAACACAAAACACUUUCCCUAAUAGAACGGAUACAUUUAAAUGGAGAUGUUUUAUACUGUUCCGAUUAGUCUUUAUAUACUGUACUGCUGUUUAUCUUGUCGUUUCAGCUGAUGUAGCAUUGAACCUGCGAUAGCUCUCGCUCCGUCAGAAGAUCUUGUUUUUAGCAUGUGCAAAGAUGAUCAUGUUUGGUUGGACAUUCUGCUUUUCUCUGCUGUAGAUGUUGUCUUGAACAGAUAAAGCUAAACGGCCGUCUGCCUCCGCAAAACAGGCGGAGGCCUCGAGGUGUCACGUCUCACGUGCGUGCCGCUGCAGGAAGAGUUUGGAUGGAGAAACGCUGCAGUGUUUUGGUUUUUGUUUCCUACAGCAUCACAAACUGUAGGACAGCUCAACAUACAGUCGACUGUUACCGGGGGGCCUUGGUUAUGACACUUUAUUCUCAUGUAUUGUUUUUAUUGGGCUUUUCGUUGUAUUGCCACGAUGAGAGUGACGUGUAAAAUCUUUUUUUCUAGAACGACUUUAGAUUUUGUUUCCUGUUUGAACAAAAAUGUCGUCACCAAAGUUCUAUUUUCUGUAGAUGUUUUCUGGACUCAGUUGCCUUCACUCUUUUCUGUUUUCAGGCCUCUUUCUUUGAUUUCUUUGCCUCUGUAUCACGUGACUUUUUUCUAAGAAACCACCUUUACAAUAAAAAAAACUGUAAAUGUGAAA